GAUGGCAAGCACAAAUUGGGUACCAUUGAGUCUGUGUAUCAUUCUGACAAGAGCUUAUUGGAAAUGGCUGCAGAGGAAAGAAAGACUACUGCUGAGGAUCAGCUAGCUAUGUUUAGCAGAGCAGCUAAAUCUGGUGACAGAAAAACUGACGAGGAUUGGGUUGUUGACGACGUUCUUUUGAGUCAUAAAAGAAGGAGGAAGCACGAGGAGAAAGAUGAAAGGAAGAAAAAUUUGAAGAUCAUUCAAGGGUCACUGACACACUUAAAUUAG